AGAAGGCGCCGUCUCCGAAUGCUUUUGAAUUAUAAAAUUUCUUCCAUUUGUUUCUCUCUUCGCCAUCUUCUCAAAUCCUUCUCUCUCUGCCUGUGCCUGGGCGUCGCUCGUCGAAGUGCAAGUUUGAGGAUAGUGCCUCUUGAGUUCUGCCAUGGAUCUAGAUCUGUGGAUUUCAAAGGUUAAAGAAGGGCAACAUUUAACGGAAGACGAGCUUCAGCUUUUGUGCGAAUAUGUGAAAGAGAUCUUAAUUGAGGAGUCAAAUGUCCAGCCAGUUAAUAGCCCAGUUACUGUUUGUGGUGAUAUUCAUGGCCAGUUUCAUGAUCUAAUGAAACUCUUUCAGACAGGAGGUCAUGUACCAGAGACAAAUUACAUAUUUAUGGGAGAUUUUGUUGAUCGUGGCUACAACAGUCUAGAAGUUUUUACAAUUCUUUUGCUUCUCAAAGCAAGAUAUCCUGCUAACAUAACUCUUUUGCGUGGAAACCAUGAGAGCAGGCAACUAACUCAGGUAUAUGGCUUUUAUGAUGAAUGCCAGAGGAAGUAUGGGAAUGCUAAUGCCUGGCGAUUCUGCACUGAUGUUUUUGACUACCUGACACUUUCAGCAAUUAUAGAUGGAACUGUUCUUUGUGUCCAUGGUGGUCUUUCUCCUGAUGUUCGAACAAUUGACCAGAUAAGGGUUAUUGAACGUAAUUGCGAAAUUCCUCAUGAGGGGCCUUUCUGUGAUCUCAUGUGGAGUGACCCUGAAGAGAUUGAAACCUGGGCAGUCAGCCCACGUGGUGCUGGCUGGCUUUUUGGAUCAAGGGUUACAUCUGAGUUCAAUCACAUAAAUAACCUCGAUCUGGUUUGUCGAGCCCACCAACUUGUACAAGAAGGUCUCAAGUACAUGUUUCAGGACAAAGGCCUUGUAACCGUUUGGUCUGCACCAAAUUAUUGUUAUCGGUGUGGCAAUGUAGCUUCUAUUUUGAGCUUCAAUGAGAAUAUGGAGAGAGAAGUGAAGUUCUUCACCGAAACAGAGGAGAACAACCAGAUGAGAGGUCCCAGGACAGGAGUUUCAUAUUUCUUAUGAGUACCAUUUUGUCAUCUGUAAAAUUAUUUGAAUAAUCUAGCUACUUGUCAGUGGAAAGGAAAGAACUAUGAAAGUGAAGGUAGAUGAUUAUUUUUGGCAAUUAAAGAUUUGCCUGAGCUUCUCUGGUCUUAUUGCAGUUUGAAUGUGUUGUAUAUUACAGAUUUAUUGCUAUUAUUUCUGCUUAGUGGAAACUUUUUCCUUUUCUAGGCCAGGUUUUUGCUCCAACUGAGAUUUUGCCUAGCUAAAUGCAGCAUGUAAUGGAACAUUAAUUUCAUUUGAAUCUAAUCUAUUAGCUUU